AUGAUCAUCAUGAUCACAAUUCUCCUGUUUCUCAUUGGGUCAGCUGUGGUAUUGCAAGCAAAUUUAUGUCUGGAAGAAGAAAUUUUACUUCUCCCACCUGUAAACUUCACUCUUAUAGUCACUGGUUUAUCUCAAGUUCUUUUACGAUGGAAACCAAAUCCUAAUCAGGAUCCAAAGAUCAAUAGCUUAAAAUAUAAAGUGAGAAUUAAUACUCCAAAUGAGGAUGAUUAUGAAACUAAAAAGACCCAAAGCACAAGUGUAAAUGUACUUCACAGAGGAUUUUCGGCAAGUGUGCAGACAAUUCUUUAUUGUGGUUCCAGUUUUUUCCAAAGUAGUUGGGUUUCAGCUGAGCUUCAAGCCCCUCCAGGAGCUCCUGGAACAUCAGCUGUGAAUCUGACUUGUAUCACCAACAUCUUGCAAGAUAAUGUGUCACUCUUUUGUACGUGGUUUGUUGGCAAGAAUGCCCCAGAGGACACCCAGUACUUCCUUUUCUACAGGUUUGACAGACAUACUAAAGAAUGCCAAGAAUAUAGGAAAGAUUUGUGGAAGAGAAAUAUAGCUUGCUGGUUUCCAGAGACUGCCAUUGAUAGAAAAGGACGUGGACAGCUGGCAGUACAUGUUAAUGGUUCAAGCAAACAAAUUGCCAUCAAACCAUUGGAUCAGUUGUUUGAGCUUCAUGCUAUUGAUCAAGUGAAUCCUCCAGUGAAUGUCUCUGCAAAAAUGGAAGGAAAUCGUCUGUUUAUACAAUGGGAGAAGCCAGUUUCUAACUUUCCUAGAAAAUGUUUUGAUUAUGAAGUGAAUAUCUACAAUAUUAGAAAGGAUUAUUUAUGGACACAGAAAAUUCAGGAAAAUUCAUUCUCCUUGAUAGUUGAUCCUACUUGUAAAUAUUCUUUACAAAUAAGAGCUACAGUGCAUUCCAACUGUAGAAAAAGUGGACUUUGGAGUGAAUGGAGUCAAUCUAUUUAUGUUGGUAAGCAUCAGUGA